AUCUUUUUAUACUUCUCCUCCAUAGCUUGACCUCUCCUUCACCCUAUAUAUACGUGCGCAUUCUGCAUGCAUUGCCUCACGCCAAACGCAGAACGUCUUUAGAUAUUCAAAUCUCAGUAUUGUAGGCUAAGGCGUAUUCGCUUCAUUUCCCCUGUUUUUUUCGAAACAAUGGAGGGUGGCUUCUUUAUCGGAAAAACCACCUUGUUCAUGAUGCUCCUGGCAUUGUGCAUCGCGCCGACCUUUGUGAGAGGACAAGGUACGAGAGUAGGGUUCUACUCACGUUCGUGUCCGCGUGCUGAGGCCAUUGUUAGGUCGGCUGUUCAGGCCCAUUUCCGGUUCGACCCCACUGUGGCUCCCGGGCUGCUGAGGAUGCACUUCCACGACUGCUUCGUCCGGGGAUGCGACGGUUCGGUCCUCCUCGAUGGGCCCAGCGCGGAGAAAACGUCGAAUGCGAACCGGGGGUUGAGAGGAUAUGAAGUGAUCGACGACGCAAAGACCCAGCUCGAAACUGCGUGUCCCGGCGUCGUUUCUUGUACUGAUAUUCUCGCACUGGCGGCCCGCGAUUCCGUUGCUCUUACGAACGGACCAAGUUGGGCAGUGCCGACGGGACGCAGAGAUGGACGGGUCUCCUCUGCAUCAGAUGCUGGAAAUUUGCCCAGCUUCCUGGAUUCAGUUGAUGUGCAAAAGCAGAAGUUUGCUGACUUAGGACUGAACACCCUUGAUCUUGUUGCUCUCGUUGGAGGGCACACCAUAGGAACUGGAGCUUGCCGGUUCUUCCAGAACAGGCUCUACAACUUCAACACUACCACCUCAGUCGACCCCUCCAUUGAUCCUUCCUUUGUUUCUCAACUCCAAUCUCUGUGUCCACAAGGCGGCGACGGCGCGAGGCGCGUCGCCCUCGACACCGGCAGCCCCAACCGCUUCGACACGUCCUUCUUCGCAAACUUGAGGAGCGGAAGGGGACUUUUGGAGUCCGAUCAGAAGCUGUGGACCGACGCCUCCACGAGAACUUUCGUGCAGAGCUUCCUGAGCAGUGGAGGCCCGACCCGGUUGGACUUCGGCGCGGAGUUUGCUAGAUCGAUGGUGAAGAUGAGUAACAUUGGUGUGAAGACGGGGACGGAUGGCGAAAUUAGGAAAAUAUGCUCCGCCAUUAAUGCAUGAUUUAGAUCAUUGAAGACUAAUCGAACUCCAGGAUUAGAGUGUUAUGUGUUAGAACCGGCGUAAGCUGAUUCAUGGUGCGUUCUAUUGAAUUUGCAGUGGAUAGUUUUUUUUUUUUGGUCGCAUCGAAGUGGAUAGGUUGACUCAAUUAAAAGAAGGAAAUGUGUAGUUCUUUUCAUUUGAAUAAAAUUGAUGGCUGUCGUCUCCGAGAUGAAAAUCUUGACCAUGAAUUUCAAUGGUUUCUUACCUUCCUGCGGAAUUUCUGGCGAUAUCUGAUUA